GGAGAAGCAUACAGAGAGAGAGAGAGAGAGAGAGAGGAGUGUGUGUUGUGUGGAUGUACUCGCCUGCCUCGCUGACUGACUGACUGACCGUGUGUGUGUGUUUGUGUGUGACAGACAGCAAGAGGCGAGAACGCGUGGACACUACUCCACUCCACAGGACUGGAUGUGUUUGGCUUCACAGAUCGACACCACGCACACACACACACACAAAAAAGCUUAUUUCUCGCUGGUGGACGGGACGAGUCAGCAGCACAGAAAAAGAAACUACAUGACAAAGAAAGAAAGAGCUUUAAGAGCUACGGUUUCUAGAGCUGGGCGGGUGCAAAGUGCUGACUGAAGUGCAGGCACACACCAGAGCAUAGUGAAGAGGAGUAAGCAGACAAGGCAGCGCACACGAGACCUGACUGACGGCGCCCAUGGCGAGCAAUAACACAGCCAGCAUCGCACAAGCCAGGAAGCUGGUGGAGCAGCUGAAGAUGGAAGCCAACAUCGACAGGAUAAAGGUGUCAAAAGCAGCAGCAGACUUAAUGUCAUACUGCGAAGCCCAUGCCAAAGAGGACCCUCUGUUAUCGCCAGUGCCAGCGUCAGAGAACCCGUUCAGGGAGAAGAAGUUCUUCUGUGCCAUCCUGUAAACUUGACGUGGCCCUUCAGCAGGUGUGGGACCUUGAACGUGGACGUUCAAAAUACAUAGAAAUCUUCAUGUAGGAGGGCACAGAGAUUGUUGCCCCCUUUCUUGAACGGCACUUAAAGAGUGCGACAAAUUAAAACCCACAGUUUGCGUGUAACCAUUAAAGGGGUUGUGAUUGCUUUUGUAAAGGGGGUGUUGCAGCAUGUUGAAGGGGUCUGUGCUUUUAGAUGACACAAAAGGGGAUGAUGAUGAUAACCCAGAGACGUGAUGGACAACCAGUCAACCCACCAAGUCUUCAGGUUGUGAUGUGUAAAAAUAAAAAUAAAACAAAAACAAAAGAGAAAAGAUAAAAUGAGAAUAAAGAUAUUUUGUGGUUCUUUUGGGACUUCCAAAUGUUCUGUUAAAUGGUUUGUGGCUGGGUCGAGCAUUGUAGGACAGCAAACACGGCUAGACGCCACCUGAUUAUUGGAAUGUUUUCUAAGUUGUUGUUUAUUUUAUGUUUAUUUCAACUUUACCUAUCACCUAGAUAUCUUUCUAUGACUGUACGUGAUUACUGAAAUGGCUAUGUUAUCGUUUUUUCUUACAACAGGUUAGUGAAAGCUUUUUUAAUGGGACUCUGUGAUUCUCUUUGCAAAACUCCUGUCUGAAAUUCAGUUUCUGUGUAUGAACAUCUAUCUGGCAAAUGUGAUGCAGUUCAUGUCCUUCAGAUACACACCCUCUUUAUACUAUUUGUAUAAAAUAACUAGCAAGUAAACUGUGCUGUGCUGU